AUGGUUCUUGUAUCUGGUCCUCGUCACGUGACCUCUUUCCCAGUUGAAACGUCUGUUCAACAUGCCUUUCUCGAGCCAUUGCCGCUCACCCUCGAUCACAAGGCUCUCGAGACCUCAACGAGAAUUCUCGACAUCAUCGGCAGAUAUCGCAUGAGACAAGAUGAGCGUAUCUGUUCACAAUCCGAUCAAUCAGCUCUUAGAUUCAUCGCCCUGAUCUACACACAUGUCAAGGCUGGUAACCCAGUUCCCUUGUGCCUCCCAGCGUUCCCAUUCAAGUCACCAAACUCGUCUUCAAAAACGUUGGGGAAGCUGCCUGACAAGGGCGAAGAGAUUGCUCUUGCUCAUCUGAAUGGUCUUUGCAGCGCUAUCAAAGACGUGUAUAAGCCAGGUGCCAAGCUCACUAUUAUCUCGGAUGGACUGGUAUACAAUGAUAGAGAUGUCUGGGCAUACGGCGAGACUCUUCGAUCACUGGCAGUCGAAAAGGAAUUUCACAACAUUUCUUUUUCGCGCCUAAGAGAUCUUGUCGAGAUUGACUUGCCACGAGAACUCGAUGAGAUGUCAUACGUGGCAAAUGCAUCAAACUUUCGUCGCGCACUUCUCAACACCUUCAGUAAGCCUGGAUGGAGCUGGGAACAGGUCCGACAGUCGGACGACCAGUGCAUGACUUAUCGUGGCUACAUCAAGUUCCUCCAGACAGAUCUGGAGACAGUGUACCCCGUUGGUGAAAACCGCACCAAGUCAAAGUACAAGAGGGGGAUUGAGUACAUUGCGAAGCAGAUGAUGGCUCGAGGAGAUGCCUUUGCCAACACUGUUCGACAAAAAUACCCUGACCACAUCCGACUAUCAAUUCAUCCAUCGACUGGUGCUUCCAAGCUUUCCGUCAGCCUGUUGCCAACUGAUUCGAUUUACACUACUCCUUGGCAUUGUAGUGUAGCGUACAGAUUGGAUGGUACGAUUCGUACAGGCAUGCGAUCAGAAUUCGAGAGCGAUACCACUCUCGAACUGGUUUACGAUGGCGGGAGACCCUCCUACUAUCGUGAGAAAUCACCUCUACUGUCAUGGGCUGAGGAUAAGGGUGGCAUCAUCGUUGACCCUAUGUAUCCUGCUGGUGUGAUCAUUCGUCCUAGCAAUGGACCUGGGUCUUUGACUCUCGAUGAUAUCGACACAAAGAAAGUUCGGGCUCUGUCAGAAAUCAAUUCUCCAGUCGUUCUCAAGGGAUUUGUCAAGAAGCCCAACCGCGACCGUUUCAUUGAUCUCAGUCACCGCUUUGGAACCCCGUUGCCCUGGAAGUUUGGACUUUUGCUGGAAGUCAAAGAUCGCGGUGAUGAUGGGAGAGGUUUGAACAAUGUUCUCUCGGCUGAGCCUAUGCCAUUCCACUACGAUGGCUUAUUCAAGGUUGUGAAGCAGACCGAUGAGGAUGGAAAUGAGAAGACAGUUUCGACACCACCACAGUUCCAACUGUUCCAGGGCGCCACAGCAUCACCCAGAGACACCGGAUUCACCAUUUUCUCUUCAUCAACAUUGUUCUUCAAGUAUCUCCCAACAUGGCUAAAGAAGAACAUUUCAAAGCUCACCUGGACCGUUGCAACAUCGGCAUUCGACAACACAGUCCUCAAAGGUCUGCCGCUGGCCAUCGACCAUCCCACUACUGGAAAGCCGUGUCUUCGCUACCAUGAGCCUUGGCCUCAGUCCAAGACGGUAUUUGAUGCUUCUGAAGUCACGAUCGAUGGAUUAGAGACCACAGAGAGUGCAGCCAUCUGCGAUACUAUUGACUCGGUUCUCUACGAUCGCAGAGUUGCGCUGUAUUAUGCUUGGGAAAAGGGUGAUAUCCUGACAGCGAUCCGAAGUAAGACGGCGUCCAAAGCGCAACAGCUAUGUGUACGGUCUAUAAAGGAUAAUAUUCUGUGGGUCGUCGAGAGGCAACUGGAGCCCAGGAUCUUCCUGGUAACGUUUCAAUGCGGCAGUCUUCCACUCAUCCCAUUCCAAACCCUCAUCCACACCUACAGCAUCUCGAAGUCCUCUGAAGAGACCUAG